AUGGCAGAAUGCGCUCAACAGGACGAACAUGCCUUCGUAGACACCAUGUUGAUCGACAAUUUUGUCGUUGAUGACGUGACAGAGGAGGUCACAGUAGCGGCGGCAAAGAAGAAUUUCUUCAGGUACCGACGAAUUCAGGAGGCAUUUGCUGCUGCUCCGGAUAAGGCGACUUGGUUAAAAGCUGAAGAAAGCAUGGACUCUGGUAUGAUCAGCUCGUUCAGAACCUUGUCAGGAUUUCUUUGGCACAUGCAGUUCAGGCGUUUCGGCCGUACGCCACAUGGCAGAAUAGGAUGGAUGCCGCUUGUGGCGGAGGAAGGAGAUUAUAUUUGUGUCUUUGACGGUAUGGAAUUCCCGUACGCCGUACGCCAGAGGCAAGGUUCAGGAGAAUACGUGCUUGUGGGCGACUGUUUCAUUCCAUCCCUCAUGAAUGGAGAGGCCAUGGACAUGCCUGGCGUUGAGUCGGUGAUCAUUACCCUUGAAUAA